UCUGGCGAUGCAGCUGCAGAACAGAGCUGCAGACGACAGCUCCGUGCUGACCAUCGGCGGAUUAUUCGACCGAUCGAAGAUGGAGGAGGCAGCGUUCAGGGCCGCCAUAUCGGCGGUGAACGGCGGUCGGCCGGCAGCAUCAGGAGGCAACCUGUCGGCCAGGGUGGAAAUUCUGCCGCCUGGCGACUCGUUCAUCGCCGCCAGAAAAGCCUGCUCCAUCCUGGAGGGGGGCGUGGCCGCCAUCUUCGGGCCGUCAUCGGACGUGAGCGCGGCGCACGUACAGGCGAUCUGUGAUGCGAUGGAGGUGCCCCACAUCGAGACCCGCUGGCAGUACCGGCUCACCCGUGACCCUUAUAGCGUGAACCUCUACCCGCACCCCGCGACCCUGUCACGGGCGUACGUAGACGUGCUACGUGCCCAGGGCUGGACGAAGUUCACCCUCAUCUACGAGACGAUGGACGGGCUGGUGAGGGUACAGGACGUCCUCAAGGACCCUCACUUCAGGAUUACCCUCAGGCAGCUCCCUCACACCCUCGAUUUCAGACCACUUUUAAAAGAUAUUAAAAAGUCUGGGUCGACGCACCUGCUGCUUGACGUGCGGCUCAGCAAACUGCAGAGUGUGAUGAAACAGAGCCAACAGAUCGGCCUUAUGACGUCAUAUCAUCACUACUUCAUCACCACACUGGACCUACACACGGUGGACUUGGAGGACUUCAAAUAUGGCGGCACGAACAUCACAUCGCUGCGCCUCAUUGACCCCGCCCACCCCCCGCUGCGGGAGCUGGUGCACAGCUGGAUGCCCCAACAGCCCACAAGCCUGCAGACCACUGAGAAGCCUCCGCCUGGUCUGCUGGCCGGCUUUCCAGACCAUCUGCCGUCAGACCUUUACAACACCAGGGCUGGGUUGGAAGAGCCCCCCGGCACAUCCACACCCCCCGACCCCUCGACCAGCACUGAGCUGCCCCAAGUGACGUCAUCAAAGGAACCUGACUUAGACUUGACAUUAUUAUCGACUGAGGUGGCCCUGAUCUACGACGCAGUGCAGCUGUUCGCCAAGGCCCUGGAGAACCUGGACCGCUCCAGCCACGUCAACGUGACACGUCUGCGUUGCGACGAGGACGUGACGUGGGGCCACGGCAACUCCCUCGUCAACUACAUGAAGUGGGUUCAGCUGGACGGGUUCUCGGGCCACAUCAAGUUCGACGCAGACGGGUUCAGACGGGACGUCAGUCUAGACGUCCUAGAGUUGACAGUAACGGGCCUCGAGGCCGUCGGACGAUGGGACUGGGCGAACGGCGUCAACUUUUCGCUGAGUGGAGGCGGCGGCAGUCGCACGUCCGCGCAGACGCUGCACAACAAAACCCUGCGCAUAGUGACGGUGAUGGCCUCCCCCUACACCAUGUUCCGGGAGUCAGCAGAAACACUAGUUGGCAACCACCGCUAUGAGGGCUUCUGCGUGGACCUCAUAACGGAGAUCGCCGCCAUGUUGGGCUUCAACUUCACCAUCGAGAUCGCCCCGGACGGCCAGCACGGCAAGUACAAUGCGGAGCAGCAGCGCUGGACCGGUCUGGUCGGGGAGCUGCUCGAGCAGCGGGCUGACCUCGCCAUAGGUGACCUGACCAUCACCUACGACAGGGAGCAGGCCGUCGACUUCACCACACCCUGGAUGAACCUCGGCAUCAGCAUCCUGUACUGGAAGGCCAGCAAGAAGCCCCCCAAAUUAUUCAGUUUCUUGUCGCCGCUCUCCAUUGACGUGUGGCUCUACAUCGUCACGUCAUACCUCGCCGUGUCCGUCCUGCUCUUCUUCCUUGGCAGGCUGACGCCGUACGAGUUCGUGGACCGAUCCCCCGAGAACAAUCAGUUCAGUCUGAGCAACUCGUUGUGGUUCACCCUGGGCAGCCUUCUGCAGCAGAGCACUGAACAGAUGCCCAAGGCAGCCAGCACGCGGCUCAUCGCAGGGCUGUGGUGGUUCUUCACGCUGAUCAUGAUCUCGUCGUACACGGCCAACCUCGCAGCGUUCCUGACCGUCGAGCGCAUGGUCUCUCCCAUCGAGUCUGCCGAGGAUCUCGCGGCGCAGACCAAGAUCAAGUACGGAUCCCUCUAUGGCGGAUCCACGUGGAAUUUCUUCUUCGAUUCGUCAUCAGUGGGCACCUACCAACGCAUGUUCUCGUUCAUGGAGUCUCAGCGGCCGUCGGUGUACGCGAGCAGCAACGAGGAGGGCGUGGAGCGCGUGGUUAAGAGCGCCGGCAAGUACGCCUUCCUCAUGGAGUCUUCGAGCAUCGAGUACAUCACCGAGCGCCACUGCCAGCUCACGCAAGUGGGGGGCCUGCUCGACUCCAAGAGCUACGGCAUCGCGCUGCCUCCUGGCUCUCCAUACCGGGCGCUGGUGAACGCUGCGGUGCUGCGAUUGCAGGAGCUCGGCAGACUCCACGACCUCAAGCAGCGCUGGUGGAAGGAGAGGAAGGAGGGGGGGAAGUGUAAGGUUGACGAGUCUAAGGCUGGUAACAAAGCCAACGAGCUGGGGCUGAGCAGCGUGGGGGGCGUGUUCGCCGUGCUGGUGGGGGGCAUGAUGAUCGCCUUCUGUGUCGCCAUCGGCGAGUUCAUCUGGAAAUCAAGAAAAGUCGCCAUUGCCAAGCAUGCGUCCAUCUGGAGCGAAAUGUGCCACGACUUCCGUCUGGUGGCCGCGUGCGACGGCUCCUCGUCCUCCAACCUCAGCAACAAGAAGUCGGACGUGCUCUCUUUAACGGACCAUGUGCGGUCCCCUUCCCCGGUCACGGUCACCGGCAGACCCCUGGAAAACUCUGGGUCUCAUGGACAUGUCCCCAGCUGUGGGGCGAGUUGCAGUCUCGCCUCGACCUACCUUGGGGACUCGCGGGGACAGAUAAACCCCAACGACCGCUCCCCACACUACACGAAAAAAACUCGAUCCCCGGACCGAUUCAACGUAAGCGACCUUCCGUCACCUGUUCUACAUGACCGCCGGAUGCCAUCUCCGAUCCGCGACUUCCGUCAAGCCCCUCCAAGUUUCUCGUGCUCCGGCAGCGUCCACAGUGAUUUCGGAUCGAAAACUCUUGACCGAAAGGACCACUAUGGCUCCAGAAACUUACAACAAAAUUCUGAUCAUUACGGGUCGCGAUCGUUAGACCGAGACGACCACCUUGAUGAACGUCCGAUGAACAGGCAUCUUCCACAGCAGAACUUAGGUUCUGUUGAUCUGGAUUGUGCAGAUCGAUUCGCUCCACGGAGUCUGGAAAGGACCGAAUUUUUGGAACCAAGACCGCUCGAUCGUUGUGAACCUUAUGGAUCUAGAAACCUGGACUGCUUGGAUCAUGUAGAUUCCAGAGCUCGGAACGAACAUUCGGCAUCACGGCCUUUGCAGCGGAGUGAACUUUGCGGAUCUAAAAACUCUGUUCGGAAUGAUAUUAUGGGUUCUCGAAGUCACGACAGAAAAGAGCAAGCCGAGAGUCGGGCAUCUGAUAGAGCAGAGUCUCACAUGCGUGGUGCUCACGGCGCCCUUGGUCCCCCUUUGGUGCACUCGCUGGGUAGGGUUGCCAGGUCUCCAUCAGAAGGGGAAAUUUCCUCAGAAAGUUCGAGCCUGCAGGCUCCUGAUUUGCCCUUUCAGCUCAUCCCUCGAGCCAAGUGCUCGUAGUAGACAGAGCGGGAGAAAGGACGAACAGGAAUGCCGUCUUUUCUUCCGUGAAGUCAAAUACAGAAACAGGAGAAUAUAUUUCUUGGAGUUGACUGAAGACCAGUCAAAAGUCAGGUUCAUUUGGCUAGAGAAAGAUUGAGAAAUUCACAGGAAAUCAAUGGAUUUUAGACAUGAAUACUUAAAGGGACUAGAAUGCUAAUGUUUGUUUUCAUCUUAGUCUAAAGUUUAUGUUCUAAAAGAUCAUUCUAUACUUGCCAGAA